AUGGAGUGUACGAGGCACCAGUGCCACAGGGAGCCACUGGCUGUGGCGGACACGUGCGGCCUACCACAGGCUGAGGAGGACACGUGCGGCCUACCACAGGCUGUGGAGGACACGUGCGGCCUACCACAGGCUGUGGAGGACACGUGCGGCCUACCACAGGCUGUGGAGGACACGUGCGGCCUACCACAGGCUGUGGAGGACACGUGCGGCCUACCACAGGCUGUGGAGGACACGUGCGGCCUACCACAGGCUGUGGAGGACACGUGCGACCUACCACAGGCUGUAGAGGACACGUGCGGCCUACCACAGGCUGAGGAGGACACGUGCGGCCUACCACAGGCUGUGGAGGACACGUGCGACCUACCACAGGCUGUGGAGGACACGUGCGGCCUACCACAGGCUGAGGCGGACACGUGCGACCUACCACAGGCUGUGGAGGACACGUGCGGCCUACCACAGGCUGAGGAGGACACGUGCGGCCUACCACAGGCCGUGGAGGACACGUGCGACCUACCACAGGCUGUGGAGGACACGUGCGGCCUACCACAGGCUGUGGCGGACACGUGCGACCUACCACAGGCUGUGGAGGACACGUGCGGCCUACCACAGGCUGAGGAGGACACGUGCGGCCUACCACAGGCUGAGGAGGACACGUGCGGCCUACCACAGGCUGAGGAGGACACGUGCGGCCUACCACAGGCUGAGGAGGACACGUGCGGCCUACCACAGGCUGAGGAGGACACGUGCGACCUACCACAGGCUGAGGAGGACACGUGCAGCCUACCACAGGCUGAGGACACGUGCGGCCUACCACAGGCUGAGGAGGACACGUGCGGCCUACCACAGGCUGAGGAGGACACGUGCAGCCUACCACAGGCUGAGGAGGACACGUGCGGCCUACCACAGGCUGAGGCGGACACGUGCGGCCUACCACAGGUUGCAUUCUACCACAUCAGAUAA